CGCCUGUGAACAACAAAAUGUGGGUGUCCCGCCGGUCACGUGAUCGGGCCAGUCACGUGGCCCCCAACCCUUAAGGAAGGACCCCCCCCCAACCCUGGAACGCAGCCUGGGCUCCCCAGAGCCCCCUUCAUGGUGCUGUCGUUGGUGUUGGUGUCUCUGGGGAACUCUGCCUUGCUUAAGCUUUUACUCUGUGCGUAACCGACACCCUCCAGAGGCCGUUUAGGACCGGGAACGAGAGCACCGGGCCUCCAAAAGGAUGAAGUAUCUUCUUGACUUGAUCCUGCUGCUGCCUUUGCUCAUCGUCUUCUGCAUUGAGUCUCUUGUCAAGCUUUUUAUUCCCAAGAAGAAAAAAUCUGUCGCCGGAGAGAUCGUCCUGAUCACCGGAGCUGGUCAUGGGAUUGGAAGACUGACUGCCUACGAAUUUGCCAAACUUAACACCAAACUGGUUCUCUGGGAUAUCAAUAAGAACGGCAUUGAGGAAACAGCUGCCAAGUGCAGGAAGCUGGGUGCCCAGGCCCAUCCCUUUGUGGUGGACUGCAGCCAGCGGGAAGAGAUUUACAGUGCUGCAAAAAAGGUAAAGGAAGAAGUUGGAGAUGUUAGCAUUCUGGUAAAUAACGCCGGUGUUGUCUACACUGCAGACUUAUUUGCUACGCAGGACCCUCAGAUUGAAAAGACUUUCGAAGUCAAUGUGCUUGCACACUUUUGGACCACCAAGGCAUUUCUCCCAGUGAUGAUGAAGAAUAAUCAUGGCCACAUUGUCACUGUGGCAUCAGCAGCAGGCCACACCGUGGUCCCCUUCUUGCUGGCUUACUGUUCCAGCAAGUUUGCUGCCGUUGGCUUCCACAGAGCCUUGACUGAUGAGCUGGCUGCCUUGGGACGCACAGGAGUGCGAACAUCGUGCCUCUGCCCCAACUUCAUAAACACCGGCUUCAUCAAGAACCCUAGCACCAAUUUAGGACCCACCCUGGAACCUGAGGAGGUGGUGGAACAUCUCAUGCAUGGGAUCCUCACUGAAAAGAAAAUGAUUUUCGUUCCGAGUUCCAUAGCACUUUUGACAGUAUUGGAAAGGAUUGUUCCUGAGAGGUUCCUGCAAGUCCUAAAACACAGGAUCAACGUCAAGUUCGAUGCAGUUGUUGGGUACAAAGACAAGUGACGCAGCCUGUUCCGAUUCCCUGAAAGCCGAUUGACUGGAUCAAAGUUGAUUUCUUCUAAUAUUAAUCAAAAGUUUGAUGUUUUUAAUGUUUUCUUUGUAUCUUGUUUCUUCACUGUCUCCUCUUGAAGCUGUGACCAUUGUCAUGAAAACCAGUUUCAUGUCCUAGACCCAAACAGCCCUAAGGAAGUUGCGCCUAUGGAAAAGGGGCGGGGGACGAUUGGUUUCGUGAUGAUAAUUUCCCCAGAUUCUGUGGCUCAUCGCCAGGUUUUCAGAGCUUGUACUGUCGGUUUUCAUUUACAGGAUCUGUAACUGCACUUUGAGUUUGUAUAAUUCACACUUCCUGUUCUACCCCAUAUGAAAUUAGAAACCUUAACCUCUCAAGGUGGAAUGAAGGACUGAGUCUGGUGUCAUUUCACAGCGGAGUCAUGUGCUCUGUAACGUUCCAUUCCGUGGAUCAGCGCUGUUUGCUGAGAUACCAGCCCAAGGGAGCUUGGAGGAAAAGCGUCCGUGGGACUGCAGUCUGGGUACAGGAAAACACGCGGACAGAUGGACAGACGGAAAUAAUAAAUGGACCAAAUCUCACGCUUAGUGUCUCCAUCUGCUGCAGAGACCAUGGCUUGACCUUUAAAUAAAAGGAAAAUCAAUGACUCGA